AUGUCACUGCAGAUGGUAACUGUCAGUAACAACAUAGCCUUACUUCAACCAGGCUUCUCACUGAUGCAUUUUGAUGGACAAGUUUUCUUCUUUGGCCAAAAAGGCUGGCCGAAGAGAUCUUGCCCGACUGGAGUUUUCCAUUUUGAUAUGAAGCAUAACCAGCUCAAACUAAAACCCGCCCUUUUCUCUAAGGAUUCCUGCUACCUUCCUCCUCUUCGUUAUCCAGCCACUUGCACAUUGAAAGGCAGCUCUGAAUCCAAAAAACAUCAGUAUAUUAUCCAUGGAGGGAAAACACCAAACAAUGAGCUUUCCGAUAAGAUUUACGUCAUGGCGGCCAUUUGCAAGAACAACAAAAAAGUCACUUUUCAAUGCACAGAGAAAGAUUUGGUGGGAGAUGUCCCUGAAGCCAGGUAUGGCCAUUCCAUUGAUGUGGUGUAUAGCCGAGGGAAAAGUAUGGGUGUUCUCUUUGGUGGACGUUCAUAUAUACCUCUUGCCCAAAGAACCACAGAAAAAUGGAAUAGUGUAAUUGACUGCCUCCCCAACAUUUUCUUGGUAGAUUUUGAAUUUGGAUGCUCUACAUCAUACAUUCUUCCAGAACUUCAGGAUGGGCUAUCUUUCCAUGUCUCUAUUGCCAGAAAUGAUACGGUUUAUAUUUUAGGAGGUCAUUCACUUGCCAAUAACAUCCGCCCUGCCAAUCUGUACAGGAUCAGAGUUGAUCUCCCCCUGGGGAGCCCUGCUGUGAGCUGUACGGUCUUGCCAGGAGGAAUCUCUGUGUCUAGUGCAAUCUUGACUCAAACUGGCAGUGAUGAAUUUGUUGUCGUUGGUGGCUAUCAAUUGGAGAAUCAAAAAAGGAUGGUGUGUAACAUUGUCUCUUUCGAGAACAACAAGAUUGAAAUCCGUGAAAUGGAGACCCCAGAUUGGACCCCUGAUAUUAAGCACAGUAAGCUAUGGUUUGGAGGCAACAUGGGAAAUGGGACGGUUUUCCUUGGGAUACCAGGAGACAAUAAACAAGUUGUUUCAGAAGCAUUCUAUUUCUAUAUGUUGAAAUGUAUUGAAGAUGAGUUGAUUGACAAUCAGAAGACAUUCACAAACAGCCAGCCGUCUACAGAAGACCCAGGGGACUCUACGCCCUUUGAAGACUCAGAAGAAUUUUGUUUCAGUGCAGAAGCAAACAGUUUUGAUGGUGAUGAUGAAUUUGACACCUACAAUGAAGAUGAUGAGGAAGAUGAGUCUGAGACAGGUUACUGGAUUACAUGCUGCCGUACCUGUGAUGUAGAUAUCAACACUUGGGUGCCGUUCUAUUCAACUGAGCUUAACAAACCAGCCAUGAUCUACUGCUCCCAUGAUGACGGGCACUGGGUCCAUGCCCAGUGCAUGGAUCUUGCGGAACGCACACUUAUUCAACUGUCUGAAGGUAGCAACAAGUACUACUGCAAUCAGCACGUAGCAAUAGCAAGAUCACUACAAACUCCCAAAAGAACCAUACCUUUAAAGAAUCCCUCAUUGAAAUCUCUCCGCAAAAAGGGCUCUGGGAAAACGUUGACUCCUGCCAAGAAGUCUUUUCUUAGAAGGCUAUUUGAUUAG